UGCAGAUAAGCGGCACGAUCCAAUGUCUCGCGGAGAGCGGCUAGUUUUUCUUCAGUCACUGAAUCGAAGACAAUCACGUCAAUGAUGCUGCAAUGAUGCUUCGAUGAUAGUCAAUUUAUGAAAUUUAGUCUGCUUGUCGUAAUCGCUUUUUGCAAUUUGACCGGUCUAUGCCUUUCCCUGCCUAACCUUCCCAUCAAAAGAUCGAUCCAUCCAAAAAGGAGAUCGUUAAUCGUUACAACGCCAUCAGUAAACCCAUCUGUCACAACGCCCUGCUAUUCUUCUUCAUUUUCGUAGAUUGAAUCCUGUUGCCUAGCCCUCAAACCCGUAAAAACAC